UCUCCACUACCACCCUUCUCCCGGGUAGGGAAACUGGUCGCGGAGCCGGAAGCGAAGUAGCCUUUGAGUUCGAGACAGCGGCGGCGUUUAAGGCAGAACGACCUGUUGCCAGUGGAGCUGGCCAGCUUCUCCAUUCAGGCUCCAGCCCGAGUUGGAGAAAACCCCGGGAUUCCGGUGGCCCAUGGGAGGGCGCAGUCUCGGAUCGCGAACUAUCCGGCGCAGACCGAAAUAGCCGAGCCUGUGAGGGCCACCGGAAACCGCGCCCCUAGGAGGAGGCGGGAAGCCUUGCCAGAGGUAGGAACACAAAGGUACGGCUCCUGGGGUGGGGCCCGCCGGCCAUGGCCACGCCCCCUGGGGCAGGUCCCGCCGCUCUUCGCUUCGUAGCCGCUGCCUGCUGGCAAGUCGUGCGCGGACGCUGCGUGGAGCAUUUUCCGCGAGUAUUGGAGUUUCUGCGAUCCCUGCGCGCUGCUGCCCCCGGCUUGGUUCGGUACCGGCACCAUGAACGCCUGUGUAUGGGCCUAAAGGCCAAGCUGGUGGUGGAUAUGAUCCUGCAGGGCCGGCCUUGGGCCCAGGUUCUGAAUGCCCUGCAUCGCCACUUCCCAGAGUCUGGACCUGCAGUGCGGGACCCCAAAGCCACAAAGCAGGAUCUGAGGAAGAUCUCAGAGGCUCAGGAAACCUUUUGCCAGCAGGUGAAGCAGCUGGCAGAAGCCUCUGUUGAUUUGGCUUCGAAGCUACAGGAACUUGAACAAGAGUACGGGGAACUUUUUCUGGCUGCCAUGGAAAAGCUGUUUUUUGAAUACCUGUGUCAGCUGGAAAAAGCACUGCCUACACUGCAGGCACAGCAGCUUCAGGAUGUGCUGACUUGGAUGCAGCCGGGAGUUUCCAUCACUUCUUCUUUUGUCUUGAGCCAAUAUGGUGUGGACAUGGGGUGGCCACUUCCAGAGUGCUUUGCUACUGAUUCAGUGAACACUACAGAGCCCAUGGAGCAGAGUCCUCCUCAGCAACCAACACCAGCACUCCACGACCCUCUGCCAAAAGCCCGGCCUGGCCCACACCCUCCUCAGGAUCCAGCCUCAAGGAAGCACCCAGAACCUUUGACUGGCCACCAUUUCAAUCUGGCCCCUCUAGGCCGGCGAAGAAUCCAGUCCCGGUGGGCAUCCACUAGCAGAGGCCAUAAGGAGCGCCCCACAGUCAUGCUGUUCCCCUUUAGGAAUCUGGGUUCACCAACGCAGGUCAUAUCUAAGCCUGGGAACAGCGAAGAACAUGGGACACACACAGCAGAUCCAGCAGGUGCUGUGGGCACCAGAGCAGCCUCGACUGGCAAGUCUAGGAGUCCGUCCAAGACCCUGGGAGGAAGGGCUCUGAAGGAGAACCCAAAUGACUUGUCUGCCUCAGAGCAAAAGGAGAACUGCUUGGAUUGCCCCAUGGAACCCCUGAGAUUGUCAUUAUCGCCUCCUAGGGCCAGGAAGUCAGUGCGUCCUCCAUCUCUGUGCAGCUCUGACAUUACUCUAGGGGACCUGGUUUUGGACUCCGACGAGGAAGAAAAUGGCCAGAGGGAAGGAAGGGAUCCUCCUUCUGUGCCCUCCUUACCGAAAGCCUUGGCCACAUCCCCGGGACAGUUGCAGCCUCCAUCCUGCAAAGUAAGGAGCACUAUGAAGGGAGAGUAUGGAUGCCCCAAGCCCUCUAGGAGGUCCCAGUGGCCCACCUCAAAGCUGACAGGAACCCAGGAGUCCUGAUCCACCUCUACCAGAGCCUCCAGACCUGGCAGAGAACCCAGAUGUCUGGCAGCCUCAUACCCUACCCUGCUCUUGGCCUUACGGAAAUGAUAUGGCCUUUGAGGCCAUGGGCAGCAUCUGCGCACUCCAUCACUGCACUCAGCUGUGGAUACCCAACUCCGGUCUUCUUCCGGGUGGUACACACAGAGCCUGAGAAGAACGUGACAAGAAUGAGAGGGAAGUUCUCCACAGGUGUCUGCCACUGAAGCGGUGGCCAGUGGCCCCCAGUGAACCAGCUUACCUGGUCCAAUUCCCACUUUGAUGAUGUCAGCCCCAGAGAGAAUCAGCUCUUCCACCAUCUCUCCUGUUACCACAUUCCCUGCCUGGGACAGAACCAUCAAAACAGAGCAUUCUUAGGGUCAGAAAGAGCCGAUCGCAUGCUUCCAGCAUUAUUACAAAGAAGAGUACCUUGGUUCCCUCUACUUGGGCCUUCUGAGGGCUUCUAGAUGAGUCACUUCAAAGGACCCUGCUUUCCAAGCUGAGGUAAGGGGGUGAGUGGCCAGUGUCACCGUUGUACUAGGGUAAAGCGGGGGUCCAACUGGAACAAGCUCACAUCUGAUUUACAGUAGAUUUAUCUCCCCCUCCCCUCCAAAAGACCCAAGCACAUCCUUUGCUUAAGCUGUUAUGUCAUGAAACCUCUCUGGCUUCAGGGAAAGGGGGAGGACAUGGUAAUGUCAGCUAAAUACCCAUCUAUACAAUUGUAUUUGCUUUUGAUGGACAGAACAGAGAGACCACUCAAUGCUGCGAGGAAAGUGAGGCGUUGUCAUAACUCCCCUGAGCUUGUAAAAAUAAAAUAAAACAACAUUUCAUGCAUCCCCUUCAA